AUGCUUUCCGCGGAGGGCAAUAAACUUGUUUUCCGCUUUGACGACCACCUCCUUUGGAUCCAGCCAUGGGGCGAAAAUGCACUGCGAGUGCGAGCAACCAAGCUUGCAUCUAUGCCUACCGAAGACUGGGCCCUGACUGAUCACCCAGCGAGCCCCUCCAUAAGCAUCGCUACCCCCAAGGAUCAAGAUGCGACCAUUAUCAACGGCAAAAUCAGGGCCACUGUAUCCCAGCGGGGAAAGAUAAUCAUCUACAACUCAAACGGGACCAAACUACUCGAAGAGUACGCUCGAAAUCGACGUGAUCCCCGCGAUGCGAAAUGCAGUGCGCUGGAAAUUGAAGCCCGGGAACUGCGCCCCAUACUGGGGGGUGAUUUCCGCCUGACUACACGUUUCGAAUCAUUAGAUCCAACGGAAAAAAUAUUUGGGAUGGGCCAGUAUCAGCAACCAUAUCUGAAUUUGAAGGGAGCCGAUCUGGAGCUUGCACACCGCAACUCCCAAGCUAGUGUGCCGUUCGCAGUCUCCUCUCGUGGAUACGGACUAUUAUGGAAUAAUCCGGGGAUUGGACGAGCCGUGUUCGGAUCAAAUAUCAUGAGUUUCGAGGCGUACUCAACACGUUCGCUUGACUACUGGGUUGUAGCUGAAGACACACCGGCGGAAAUUGUCGAGGCUUAUGCAAAAGCCACAGGCUAUGUCCCCAUGAUGCCAGAGUAUGGACUCGGGUUCUGGCAGUGUGAAUGGAAGUUUGAUCCAAAGUUUUGGCCCGAUGUUGAUGCCAUGGUCAAAGAACUCCAAGAGCUUAAUAUAGAGCUUAUGGUAUCUAUCUGGCCGACAGUUGAAAACGCAUCCGAAAACUAUUCUGAAAUGCUGGAACGCGGACUAUUGAUCCGGCAUGAUCGCGGAAUGCGCGUUGCAAUGCAGUGCGAUGGGGAUAUCACUUAUUUUGACGCCACGAACCCAGAGGCGCGAGAAUUUGUCUGGAGCAAAGCAAAGAAGCACUACUAUGAGCUUGGCAUCAAAGUAUUCUGGCUCGACGAAGCCGAGCCGGAGUAUUCGACGUACGACUUUGAUAUUUACAGAUACCACGCUGGUAGCAAUCUUCAAAUCGGUAACAUAUUUCCCAAGGAAUAUGCGCGUGGCUUCUACGAGGGAAUGCAGAAGGAAGGGCAAGAAAAUAUCGUUAACCUAUUGCGUUGUGCCUGGGCCGGCAGCCAGAAAUAUGGGGCCCUCGUCUGGAGUGGUGAUAUCGCGUCCUCGUGGAGCUCGUUCCGGAACCAGCUGGCAGCCGGGUUAAACAUGGGCCUCGCUGGAAUCCCCUGGUGGACCACUGAUAUCGGUGGGUUCCACGGAGGAAAUCCAGAUGAACCUGAGUUCCGCGAACUGUUCACCAGAUGGUUCCAAUGGGGCACAUUCUGUCCUGUGAUGCGACUCCAUGGAGAUCGUGAGCCAAAGCCCGAAGGGCCAACUUCCAGCGGAGCCGACAAUGAGAUAUGGUCAUAUGGUGAAGAGGUGUAUGAAAUCUGCAAGCGAUUCAUCGGGGUUCGCGAAGAACUUCGCGAAUACACCCGGAACUUGAUGAAGGAAGCCCAUGAGAAGGGGUCACCUGUUAUGCGUACACUGUUCUAUGAGUUUCCAGAGGACAAGCAAGCAUGGGAAGUUGACACGGCCUAUAUGUUCGGGCCCAAGUAUCUAGUUGCACCAGUAUUUGAGCCUGGGCAACGUAAGAUCUCUGUCUAUCUUCCUGCUGGUGCUUACUGGACCCUUUGGGGCAAGGUGAACAUCCAACGUGAAGCAAUUCCCAAAAUUUUCCAGGGCGGCAACACUGUGGAAGUGGAUUGUCCAAUUGACACAAUUCCGGUAUUCUAUCGCGUAAAUUCUUGA